UGUGUGUUAGUAGUGAGCUUGUGAAAUUGAAAUAGUGUAUUACCUGUGAUUUUAGAUCAACUUUUAUAAUGCUGUAUUGUAAUAUGUCUGUUGUGUUAAAGUGACAGCUGUUGUUUUUUUGUUUUUUUUUUACAUAUAAGCAACAGUUUAAUAUAGGAAUUAAUUUUAAGAUGUUCAUUUGUGUUUAGGUACUGUACAGCAUAACCCUGUUUAUUUGCCACGAAUACAAGUUUGUGUUAUUGAAACGAUGAUUUAUGAAUUCAACGUUUUAGCACGCAAAGCACUUGUUCCAUGUUUGUUAAAUAUACAUUAGAUACAUAGUGACUGGUUUGUAAUAAAAACUCAUGGUUCAGCUGUCGAAAUCACUCGCAAUGGAGAGCGUGCGCUGGGCUUUUCGAUGUGGAUCCUGGUCACCUAGUUGCUCCGAGUGGCUGCUAGCUGCGCGCUGUGUGCAGAAGGAGGAAAAAGAUAGGAUUGGCCAAUUUGUCUUUGCCAAGGAUGCCAAAUCAGCAAUGGCUGGGCGCCUGCUGAUUAGGAAACUAAUUGCUGAAAAAAUGGGGAUUCCAUGGAAUGAAAUCUGUUUACAGAGAACUGCCAAAGGAAAGCCAUUCCUUGCCAAUGAAGUUUCUUGCAGUUCACAAAAACAGUACACCUUUAAUAUUUCGCAUCAAGGAGACUAUGCAGUACUGGCUGCUGAGCCUUUGCUGCAGGUUGGGGUUGAUGUUAUGAAGACUGUCCAGCCAGGCAGCAGUACCGUAGCAGACUUCUUUCGGAUUAUGACGAGGCAGUUUACUGAUCAUGAGUGGGAGGUGAUUAAAUCUGCGGGUACCGAAUGGACUCAGCUGGACAUGUUUUACAGACACUGGGCACUGAAAGAAUGUUUUAUAAAAGCCAUUGGAACAGGCAUCGGGUUCAAUCUACAGAGAGCUGAGUUCCAUGUGGCACCAUCACACAUACAUGUCGGCCACAUGUACAGAGAAACUAAAAUGUGCCUGGAUGGAGAAGAGGAAGGAGGAUGGGCAUUUGAGGAGUGUAUGCUGGAUAGUCACCAUCAUGUAGCUGUUGCUUUGGGGAAACCAGAUGGACUAAGCCACAAUCUGGAUGAUGGUCUGUUAAAUCCCAGCCCUUCACAGUUCAUUACACUGAGUUUUGAUGACCUUGUUGCAUCAGCCAUUCCCAUGGUUGAAGAAGAAGAUCAUGAAUACUGGGUGGGCUUUCAGAGUAAGCAAGAAGCACCAGGGCGUCAGACGUCUUCAAGCUGAAUACAUAUAUAGAGGAAGCAGACUGAAAAUCAGCAUCCAUUUAUUAAACGCCUUCAGGCUAGCUGAUGGAAAUAUUAGUCACUUCUACUAAGCUGGUGUUCAAACUAUGCUCUGGAACCACAUGUGUAGUUAUAAAGAAUGCAACAUUUGAUACAGCAUUGUAACAGCUUAUACAGCAACAAGAAAAAUAGUAUAGAAGUGGGAAAGCUCCAAUGAUAAGAACCUUUUUAGGAUUCAUUGCUUUCUUAAAUGUGCCUUUUCAGAAGAUACAUGUAAUGUUAUACAGUGUGUGACAUCACUUUAUAAUUACCCUUACAUCCUUACGCCAUGGAUACGGACUUUUUAAAUUCAAUAAAGAGCAACGCAUCUUCAGCAGACGGAUUCAUGUAGUUCAUUAAUAUUGGCCAUGGAAACAGUGCUAAAUCUCCCAACAGUCACACUUCAAAAAAGGAACAAAUAAUGCUGAACUGUAGGGGACUGGAGUAUUUAAUGCAUGAUACUGUUAACCAACUCUUGUUCUGGUGCCAUUAUAUUGAGCUACUGUAAUUUUGCGAUGUGUAUUGAACUUCAGUGGCUGCUCAUUGAGCUGUAUACAGUAUAAUAUGUGCAAUGCAGUAGUUUUACAUCAAUCACUUUACAGUCUGAUAAGAGUAUGUUUAACCUCUUAAUCAGUGCAAACUACUUGCAGUACUUCUUGGCUCUUCUCAUUCCACAUUGUUGUUCUCUUUGGAACAAUAGAUUAACUGUGGAUUCCUUUCAUGAAAAAAACAGUCAUUAAUGGCUGUACCAAGCAGCCCCCAAAAGGUGGUUUUCAAAAGACUGUUUUGCUUUUGCUCCCAUGCGUGAAGACCUGUUGUAGAUGAAAUGGUGAAUUCAUUAUCUACCUUCAUCAUAAAUUCACACAACCUUCAGAUCUUAAUCCAUGACCCUGCGCUUUUCAAUAGCAAACUAAAGCAUCAAUAAUGUUCUUUGCUUUGGAUUUUUCAGGUUUUCUUUUUUUUAUCCUUAUUUACCUUUAUCAAUUUGUUUGCAAUGCAAUGGGAUAACCCCACUUAAAAUUUUCUUUAAAAAAAAAAAAAAAAAAAAGAAAUCAAAGAACCAUAAGAACUGCAAGUACAGUAGUCUGUCGCGUAUCUGACUGGUGGGACCAGAGUAAGGACAGAUAUGUAAAAAGUCAGAUAAAUUAAUCUUGUUUUACAUACCAUUAUACACA